GCUGGCCGGCGCGUCUCCGUGCACGCGUGUGUCACGGCACAUAGAGGCUAAUCUGCCAUAAGCUGGUUUAUGGGCUCAUCUGCAGUGACGCAGAUCUACGCGCCAAGCUCUGCGCUGAUGGAUUCUCCAUGACAACUAACCCUGCAGUGACGGUGGCCUGUAGCCUACAUACCGACCCACAGCUUACAACUCACCUACCAGGGAUGCUAGCUGCACACAUGAGCUCUUUAUGAAGCAUUUAAGGUGCAAUUAUUACAUUACAUGCACAUGUAAGUCUGGUAUUUGCACAUUUGCACAUUUUGUCUGUAAGUUUUGAGGAAAAUGAACGAAGUUGCAUGGGGAUUUUUCCACCUGUAGAGGGCGAUCAUGUGAACCCUCAGCCUCACCUGUGAUUGACCAGAAUGAUCUCAACUCUGAUAUCCACGCCUCGGUCUUCAGCCCCGCAGCCGCUGUGGGGCAGCUAUUAGUAGGUGUCAGCUGUCAAUCAAAGCGACCCCGCCCCCAGCGCUCCUCAGACGGGAAGCGCUUCGGUUCACAACGUCUCCAGCAGAUGUGCAGCAGGGGAAGUCUGCAGCAACGCGCAGCAACCAGCGGGCCACAGACGGGCAAAAUGUAAAGGAUAAAGCAGCCGAACGCCGCUUCCAGAAAGUAGGUGUGCACAGGAAGGGCGCGGAGGUGUUUUUAAGCGAUGCGUAAAGUUGUUUUUACGCGUGGUGAUCUGUGCGUAAAAGUGAGCCAAAGAGGAGAGAAGUUAAAGAGCGGCGGAUGAGGAGGUUUUCUCGGAUGAAAUGGAUGCUUGGGUGGGUGUCUGGGUCAAACUAAGAAGCUGACAGAGAGAGGAGCCACCGGUUGACUUCCAGCAGACGCAGCGCGCAGUGGAUGCAGCUCCUGAACUGAAUCUGUCUGGGUUGCAGACUUUAUGUAAGAAGUAGGACAACACCGCCCAGCUCGUUCUUUCCGUCAUGCGUACAGACGUUUCCAGCAUCGUGUUGUUAUGAUCGAGUUCAGCCCUGAAGGGUCGAUUCCACUGAGCGGAGCCGCCAGCUGAUGCCGCAGCUCCAGCCGGAGUUCGCGGAAAGUUUCUCAUCCUCCCGCCCGCCGCCUCUUCUCGACAUGGACGGGAGCGGGACGGACAGCGAGAGCAUCAGCCUCAGCGUGCUCAACUGGGAGCAAGUGCAGCGGCUGGACGCCAUCCUCACCGGCUCCAUCCCGAUCCACGGCCGCUGGAGCUUCCCCACUCUGGAGGUGAAGCCGCGGGACAUCGUCAAGGUGGUCCGGAGCCGCAUGGAGGAGAAGCGGAUACACGUCCGGGAGGUGCGCCUGAACGGAUCCGCGGCCAGCUACGUGCUGCACGAAGACAGCGGGCUGGGAUGGAAGGAUCUGGACCUAAUAUUCUGCGCGGAGCUGAAAGGAGAGAUGGAGUUCCAGAUUGUGAAAGAUAUCGUCCUGGACUCUCUGCUGGACUUCCUGCCGGAGGGAGUGAAUAAGGAGAAGAUCACACCAGUGACCUUAAAGGAGGCGUACGUUCAGAAGAUGGUGAAGGUGUGCAAUGACUCGGACCGCUGGAGCCUCAUCUCGCUCUCCAACAACCGCGGCAAAAACGUGGAGCUGAAGUUCGUGGACUCGCUGCGGCGGCAGUUUGAGUUCAGUGUGGACUCCUUCCAGAUCCGCCUGGACUCGCUGCUGCUCUUCUACGAGUGCUCGGAGCACCCGAUGGCCGCCACCUUCCACCCCACCAUCCUGGGCGAGAGUGUCUACGGCGACUUCCCCACCGCCCUCGACCACCUCCGCCGGCGCCUCAUCUGCACGCGGAGCCCCGAGGAGAUCCGGGGCGGCGGCCUGCUGAAAUACUGCCACCUGCUGGUCCGGGGUUUCCGCGCGGCGUCGGACGGCGAGAUGAAGCUGCUGCAGCGCUACAUGUGCUCGCGCUUCUUCAUAGACUUCCCCGACGUGGGCGAGCAGCGACGGAAGCUGGAGUCGUACCUGCAGAACCACUUCGUGGGCCUGGAGGACAGGAAGUACGACUACCUGGCCACGCUGUACGACGUGGUGCAGGAGAGCACCGUGUGCCUGAUGGGCCACGAGAGGCGCCAGACGCUCAGCCUCAUCUCCUCGCUCGCCCUGCGGGUCCUGGCCGAGCAGAACGCCAUCCCCAACGCUGCCAACGUCACCUGCUUCUACCAGCCGGCGCCAUACGUGUCGGACAGCAACUUCAGCAACUAUUACGUGGCGCAGGUGCAGCCGGUGUACUCGUGUCCGCCGUCGCCGCCUCAGCAGUACCUCAACCUGUCGCAGCAUCCCAUGUACGCCACCUGGCUGCCCUGUAACUGAACAGUUUUAUCUCAUAAAUGAGGCGAGGAAACACGGGAGGCAACAUUAAGGAAGGGAACCCGGAUGAGACCAGCUGGGUUCUGGUUUCACAGCAGGAAGAGGCCAAUCUGGAAGUUGGACCGAACCGACAGUUUGAACAUCUUCACAUACAGCCACAAAGAGUAGCAGAGGACACACAAGAAGACUCAUUCAGAUACUUCCCAUGUGCACUGUGUGAAUGUGUGCUAAUGGGUGCUAAGUGUGCUAACAUUUGUGCUAAUGUUUGCUAAUGGGAGCUAGUGUGUGAGAAUGUGUGCUAAUGUGUGAGAAUGUGUGCGAAUGUGUGUGUGAAUGUGUGCUAAUGUGAGCUAAUGUGUGCAAAUGUUUGCUAAUGUGUGUUAAUGUGUGCUAAGGUGUGUGCUAAUGUGUGCUAAUGAGUGCUAAUGUGAGCUAAUGUGUGUGAAUGUGUGCUAAUGUGAGCUAAUGUGUGUGAAUGUGAGCUAAUGUGUGUGAAUGUGUGUUUCAAUGUGUGCUAAUGUCAGCUAAUGUUUGUUAAUGUGUGCUAAUGUGUGUGCUAAUGUGUGCUAAUGAGUGCUAAUGUGAGCUAAUGUGUGUGAAUGUGAGCUAAUGUGUCUGAAUGUGUGUUUGAAAGUGUGCUAAUGUCAGCUAAUGUUUGUUAAUGUGUGCUAAUGCGUGUGCUAAUGUGUGCUAAUGAGUGCUAAUGUGAGCUAAUGUGUGUGAAUGUGAGCUAAUGUGUCUGAAUGUGUGUUUGAAUGUGUGCUAAUGUGUGCUAACGUGUGCUAAUGUGUGCUAAAGUGUGUGUUCACAGGCAAUGCAAAAAAGAGGAACUGGAUACUGUUUACAAAUCCAAAGAUCUACUUUGAUAUUCAUGCUUUUCUGAACUCUGAGAGCAAAAAACAAACAACCAAACAAUGCAUGCUUUAUUUCUGUCCAGGAAUAAUGUUCUUCAAAGUGCCUAGAUGAAGCCUAAAGGGAAGAGCUGUUUUUGUGACUCUUUAGAGGGCUGUCGAGUUUGACCGAGGCGGUAGUGAAUGUACGGAGGGUUUAGCUAGUUAUAGUCGAAGACUCUUAUCGGCCGACCUCGUUGGACGAGUACACAUCCUGAUUACCAAAGAGGAAGUAACAGCGUAAUCUCAUCAUCUGUAGAAGCGGGUGGAGGCGGGGGGGGGGAGGUGGGUGAAACUAAAAUGCUUAUAAUUAGAUUUGAAAGAAAAGAAAGAAGUUUGGCUGCAAGAAAGAACCAAAAACUGAUGUCUUUUUGCUUUUUUUGUUGUUUUUUUGCUGAAUGAGUCCACAAACAGGCAACUAAAACUCCAAUCUAAUCAUAAAUCCAACAAAAAGACAAUCAAUUAGCAGAUUUGACAUCUCCAGCAGGAUAGAGCUGCGCUGACAGGAACCCUGUGGAGUUUUUCCCUCCGAGCAAACAAGAAGCAGUGUUUGCAUUCGGAGUUACUCAGCAAGUCGCUGGGUGGUUCUUCGACACAGCAGCAGAGAAUUAGCAAACUGCUGAAUGUGUUUCCUCAUACGAAAGGCAAGAAAAAAAACUCUACAGGGAACCUUUAACUUGCAAAACAGAGAGAAACAUUCAGUGUGUAACGGAGGUGGUUGGUUUUUAGAAAUUACACUGGAAAGGAACAAAAGAAGUUUCAAAAUCAGCAAUGUGCACGUGCAGAAUACAGAGAUGAUGAACUGUGCAUGUACAGAAUGAGUUUAAUUAGAGGGUUAAUUGACCAAAGAAAAUGACAAAGACAAAAAUGGCCCCGUGUGCUUCCUGCAGCCUUGUUAGCUUAAAUAAAUUCAAAAUCAACAUUGAAAGCUGAUAUUUGCAGCAUAAUAAAUCAUUUAAACCUGAUUCUGAGCAGAACAGCUGCACAAAUUCAUCCGAUUUCUGAAAAUAAAACUGGCGACCCAACAAAAUAACCUUCAAAGAGUGCAGUUUUUGGAUGAUUUAACAUUAAAAAAACUGCCGUUUGCAAAGUUAACACUUGGCUUGUUUGAACAAAACGCAGCUUCAACACGGAGUCAGCUGGUUUGAAGUUGAGUGAAAUAAAAAAACAACAGAUUCAUCCUAGAAAAGUGUUCAGGACUUUACUCCUCAUGAAAGUAGCCCCUGACAUCAUCCAAACAAUGAGAAUUUAAGCAGAUCGGAUCACAUCGACCGUCUAAUCGAUCUGGAUGCUACAGAACCAGACACCAAAUCAUCAUUUCUGAGCAUUUUUCCUGCAGCUUGAAGGCAUUUUAUCCUGUUUGCACUGUGAGAGUAAAUAAGAGAAGAAAACCUGCUGCACCACAGAUGAUUGUUCCUGUUUAAUCCUCUCAGCUGUUCUCAGUGUGUCUCCUCCAGGAAAUACUUUUCAAAAAUGUACAGACGAAUACCGAUCACGUGGAUUUCUGAGCGGCGAUAAAAACCAGUCGGGGCCAGUAGAACUUGGCGACGAGAUGUAAAAUUUAUCAGCUUUGAACGCGCAGCAUCUUCUUCAGAUCUCCUAUUUUUCUAUCGAUCUUCUAUUUUUGUACAGUUUGUGUUGGGUAGAAGCCGAAUCGUUGAUCUAAGAGUAUUUGUUUGUUUGUUGUUUGUUUGUUGUGUUCUGGCUGAUGAAGAGCAGCGCGGUGGCUCAGUGGAGACCCUCUGCUGUCGGCCGUCUGUGUGCUCUGAGCUGUUUUCUUAUGGAUUUCUGUUGCUCUAAUGAGAUUGUUUCACUGUUCCUCAGUGUUUUUAACCGCAGUCCCGGUUUCGGACACGGAUUUGUUGAUCUGAUGAUUGUGUUCAAGUUGACCAACUUGAUGAUUAAAAGCGAGAAACACCAACA